AUGGCCGUUCUUCGAGCCUCCCAUUUUGCGCAAUGGCUGCUCGUGUUCUCGGUGAUUCCGGCCGCUUAUGCAUGGACACUCGGAUCUGCAGGUCAAACCUGCGACGAUGUGUGCACGACUGCUGGCAAGACGUGCACAGUCUCACAGAUGAGGAGGGUUUCAUCCGAAACUCUGAUGACGUGGGUUUUGACUACAUUUUCCCUGACCCAGUGUGACUUCGACUACUCGCCAGACCUUCCAUUUGUAACGAGCGAGCCCCUACAGAUGCUGCUCUACACACAAGAUGAUUUCUACAUAGGCCGAGCUUGCCUCUCCGACGGCUCGCAGAGUGAAUGUAACGCGAGUGAGACUCACUCGGAGCGUCUCUGCUGCUGCGUCGGGGUUGGCGAGGACCCCGAGGUGGUCUGUGAAGUUCCUACGACCACCACGUCGACCAUCACGCAGACCACGAGCACGUCCUCCACGGCGACAUCCACCAGUCAGACAGUGACGACGUCCACUUCCUCCACUAUGACAACCACGGCGACGUCCACGUCGCUCAGUUCAACCAUGAGCACAACGAGGACGACAACCACCAUAACGACCACGACCGCGACCAUGACGUCCUCGACGGAAACCACCACAUCCUUCUUGACAACAACCUCUACCGUCACCACGCAGACGACGACAAGCGAGACGGUGACGACACAAACCUCCACGUCCUUCACCUUCACGUCAACAACGAUGACGACCACCACUGGAAUGACCACCUCACUCGUCCAACAGGUCUACGCCGGCGACACGGUGCUCAUUGUGAGCGCCAACACUGGCUUCAGCAUCGGCGACAUCAUCCGCAUCACACGUGAUGGGCAGCCCAGGUUCACGGAAUAUGUCGAAAUCACGGCCUUCGGAAGCGCGAGCGUGAGGCGCCUGGCGACCUACGUCACGUUCACGAUCUCCCCGCCGCUUGAGAAUGCCUACGGCCCAGGGGCCAGCAUCGUAAACUACGGGCCUGCGCACUCCUUCACCGGGGGCGACCCUGUCACCUACUUCGGUGGGAAGAGAUGGAAGUUUUGGCUCCCACUGCGCGAAGAGCUGCUCUUGCUGGCCACGCCGGACCUGCGCCUCUACGGAAGCGUCUUCCCAGGACCCCAGGUGGACCAGCAGUGGUUCGACUACUUCAUGGUGGCCCUGCCGGACGACACGCCCAUUGCGACCGUCCGAGUGAAGCCGCACUCCAACCGCACACUCUCGGCCUCGCGGCGCUGCAGCUCUGGGCGCUUUGAGAUGCUGGACAUCGUCCUGGGAAGCCGCGGCAGGCCUCUCAAGGAGAUGCGCAAGAUGGAGUACACGGCAAAGUCUGUUCGAUUCGAGAUCAACUGUCGGAACCAGGCUGCGAGAACGGAGUACCUCUACUUCGAGACUCCGUCCAUCGUCUUCGUCAUCACGUCGAGCCAUGCCGGGGUCGACUUUCGAGACGACCCGCUGUCGAAUUGCUCCCCGAUAGGGCCCCGCCAUGGACCCCAAGCCGAGCUAAGCUGGGCCUACGUCGACCAGGGCCUCUGGCCUCAAGUGGCCGGCGCGCUCAGCACGCACUGGAAGGCGGCCGGGCGCCGCCACAGACUCUCGUGGAACUUGGCGCUUGCCGUGCAGGUGAGCGUGGACCCUGCUCAGCUGUUCGAGGAAAUGGUCUUAGCAAUACUGACCUCAGUUGAAGCUUUAGUAACGAUGAAGACCUCGCUGCCCCUGCCCGUGUGGAAGCUCAAUCGCUUGCCGGUGGUGGUCCAUGUCGUCACUCUGAGCGGCCAUCGCCAAAGGUACAUCUUCCCGGCAAAGUGCACGGUGCAAGACGCCGGCCAAUUUGUGGCGAGCACCUUGGGGCAUCCGGGCUGCUCCGCGAGUUUCUGGGCACCAGGCGGGCGUCGGAUUGAUGACAACCUGAAGGUGCUGGAUCUUGGGAUUCGGUGCUACACGGUUGUCGUCCAGCCGCGUGCCCUAUAUGAUCUGCUGCAGUGA